AUGCUCGAUGCUGCACCAUCGGUAUCGGAACAACGAGAUUCACUGAAUAUCUCGGAUGAUGGAGGCGAAAGCCCUGAUGAAAACGGCAAAAGGAAGCAACGGAGAUAUCGAACGACAUUCAGUGCGUAUCAGCUGGACGAAUUAGAAAAGGUGUUUGCCCGUACGCAUUAUCCAGACGUGUUCACAAGAGAAGAACUCGCUCAACGUGUGACAUUAACCGAGGCUCGAGUGCAGGUGUGGUUUCAAAAUCGACGUGCGAAAUUUCGUAAACAGGAACGGUGUAAUCAUCACCCAUAUCCGCAUCCGACUCCCAUAUCUGAUUUACCCUAUCCAAUGAUGUUGAAUCAGGAACUGAUGGCCGUGAUGAAUCAACACACAAUAAAUCAUGUAGCUCAAGCAGCUGUAGCACGACGCCCACAGUCGCCAAUGGUCAGUUCGGCAGUGUCAACGACGACGCCGACAAUUCCUUCGGCUGUAGCGAUGCCGUUCGCAACACCACUUAUGCAACAAGAUAUGCUCAACAUGGUUAUGGCCAGUAUUCCACAAACACAGCAACUGAUGUAUCUACAGCAUAUGUCACGACUUAAUGAAAUGUGCAAGCAAUUGACGCCGACCAGUACUGCGACAGCGACCGUCGCAGCUACGGCCGCCGUAGCUGCUGCAGCAGGUGUGGCGUCUGCGAACCGCGUCACCUCGCCUGCAACCUCGUCACCAGUGACCGUCGUUACCACCACAUCACCUACAACUUCCUCUUCAUCUGCUAACUUUUCCGACCUUUCAACGCUCAUUAACUCUCCUACAAAAAACGAAUAA